GGGUGACUCGGGGUUCCGUGGCUCCGGGGUCAGGACCGAGACUGACCCCGUGACGUCACCGGGACUACGUUCUCUGCACGUUCACGUUGUGACGUUGUUGUGUCGUUGCCUCAGAUCGUAAAAGUGUCCGCUGCGUCCGGACGAAAAGAUUAAAAAAAAAAAAAAAAACACGACACGUAAAAGUUUUUUAUUCAUUUUAUUUGAUUGUUUAUGAAACGCGCGCGGACACGUGACUCUCGGACCUGCAGCUUCUCAACGGACUCGAACAACUACGAUGUCUGGGGCAGAGUCUCUGGAGGAGCAGAGGAGGCGUCUGCAGAUGGAGGUGCAGCUCCUGGAGCAGAGUUUAAACACAGCAGACCUCACACAGAUCAGCUCAGACUCAGAAGAAUCUGUCAGCUCCGAAGACCAGGAACCCGACCAGAACCAGCCCGGACCUGGACCUGGACCUGAGGAGCUGCUGGAGCAGAGAGACGUUCUCCACAGAGAAAUCCAAGAACUAGAGAGAAGCCUGGGACCGUCCUCCCUCACACAACACCACCCAGAUGAGGAAGACGAGGAGAGCAGCAGUGAUGAGAGUGACCUGGAGCUGCCUCCGUCUCUGGACUCGUGUCUCCAGAUGAACCUGGUUUAUCAGCAGGUUCUUCAGGAAACUCUGGAACAACUGGAAACUCUGCUGCAGGAAAACGAGAGACAACAGAAGGAGCUGUUGGCCCAGUUGUCCGGUUCUGACCGAGAUCAGUCCAAACCCAAAGGUUCUGAGCACGUCGCCGCCAAACUGUUCAUGGGAAACUUCCUCAAGCCAUACUUCAAGGACAGGCUCACCGGACUGGGUCCUCCAGCAAACGAGGAGACGAAACAGAAGAACAGUCGGCUGGUCGGGAGUUUGGACUAUAGAAGACUGAAGACACGCAGAUGGGAGGGCUGGCAGAAGGUUCUGCUGAUCCACGCCGUGUCCAGAGACCGACUCAGGAAACUCAUCCAGCCCAAACUCUCCAGGAUGGACUUCCUGUCUCAGAAACUCUCCUCGGCCUCAGACUCAAACAAAGUCCAGAUCUCGGAGCAGAUCCAGGUUUUGGAGAAGGACAUCCAGGCGCUCAGAGAGAAGAAGGAGGAGGAGCUGAUCGGAGACAGAUACGAAGACGUGGACUGGACCCGGAUCUCCAACAUCGACUUCGAGGGCAGUCGGGAGCCCGGGGACCUUCAGUGUUUCUGGCAGAACUUUCUUCACCCGUCAAUAAACAAAGAUCGAUGGACGGACGCCGAGAUCUCCAGACUGAAGGAACUGAGUCUGAAGAACCACGAGCGGGACUGGACCAGGACCAGCGAGGAGCUGGGGACGUCUCGGACGGCGUUCAUGUGUCUUCAGACGUUCCAGCGUUUCUGCUCUUUGUCCCUGAGGAAGAAGACGUGGAGCUCGGAGGAGGACGCUCAGCUGCGCGCCCUGGUGGACAAGAUGAGGAUCGGCAACUUCAUCCCCUACACCCAGAUGUGUUACUUCAUGGAGGACAGACUCCCAGGGCAGCUCCUCUACAGAUGGAGUCAAGUUCUGGACCCGACGCUCAAGAAAGGCUCCUGGAGUCCAGAAGAAGACCGGCUGCUGCUCGCUGCUGUAGAGAAACAUGGAGCCAGAAACUGGUGGAAAAUCCGAUAUGACGUCCCAGGAAGAACAGACUGUGCCUGUAGAGACCGGUAUCAUAAUGUUCUGAAGCCUGAAAAUAAAAAAGGUCCCUUCGACGAACGAGAGAAACUGAUGCUGCGGAACUUGGUCCAGAAACACGGACACGGACGCUGGUCUAAAAUCGCGGCUGAGAUUCCGAACAGGACAGACUGUCAGUGCAUGAGGGCGUACAACAAACUACUGGGCGAGGCCGAAGUCUGCACUACCAAGGACGCGAGGCAAGGAGGCAAGGAGGCAAGGGAAGGAGGCAAGGAGGCAGGAGAGGAGACGAGGAGGAGAGAGAAGGUGACGGUCAAGGACACGGAGAAGAAAACGACCAAGAGGGAGCAAAAGGAAGCACAGAAGGAGCUAGGAAAGGAGACGGUGCAGGAGGAAGGAGUGAAGGGGAGGAGACAGACUGAAGACUCACCUCCGAGCUCCCAGAGGACGCUGAGGAAGAGGAGGAGGAGAUCUGAAUACUUGAAAGAUGAGCUCAUGUCCGAGGAGGAAGAGGAGCCUGAGGAGGUGACCUACAUGGACAUCAGUGACGAAGAGGAGAAUCAGAAGUUCCCCAGAGUCUGCAGUGACGAGGAGGAGCAGACGGGAGAAGAGGAGACAGGAGCAGAGCCUGAGGAGCAGACAGGAGCAGAGGAGCAGACGUGGGUCAGGCUGGACUUGGACCGGUGGGUUUCUGUGGACCGCCGGAGCAGGUCUGUGUUAUUCAGAGCUGUGUUCCUCCGUGAGCCCGAGGGGGGCAGCAGUGAGAGGGUGGAGCGCUGUACCAUCGUGGAGAAGUCUGGAUGUUCUGAGGUGACCAUCCCUCGUCCCACCGAGGUCUCCACCGGCCUCAAGAACCAAGAGAUCCACCACAACGCUCCUGUGAUGAUCAGGGCUGAAGACCUGUGUGUUCUUCUGCAGCAGCAGGCGCGCAAGUUCUCCCACAGCAGGAAGCGUCUGACCGACACGUCCCUGAGUUACAGUCUCCAGGCGGCCGUGGUCCCGUGGGUCGGUCACGUCAUCAUCAAAGAACCAAACCAGGACCUGCCCAGAACCGGACCGGGACUGACCAAGGACCUGCCCAGAACCGGACCGGGACUGACCCAGGCCCUGUCAAGCUCCAGACUGUUCCGGUUCUUUCUGCACGCGCUCAGAGUGGACGCUGAUGGCUGCAAACAGACGAUCGAAGAACGGCGCCGCCGUGAGCAGAUGAGGAACAGGACCGUGGCCGACCUGCUGAAGAUGAAACAAAUCAAACAAGACACAUGUCCAAGUCUGCCAGGACACGCCCCCUUUCCGCCAGGACACGCCCCCUCUCUGCCCCGGGCGCACAUGUACCCACCUCUCCUCCUCCGCCAGGUUACACAGACCCAAAUUGUCCGCCUGGCCCCUCCCCCUGGCACACAGAGCUCCGCCCCCCUCCUCGCCGCUCCACAGAACGUGCAGGUCUUGAUGCAGUUCCCGACAAACUCUUCAAACUCUCCUCAGACUCUUUUCACUUUGGCCCCUUCAUCACAGAACAUCCGCCCGGUCGUUGCCAGCGCCCCACCCUCAUCACAGAACAUCCGCCCGGUCGUUGCCAGCGCCCCACCCUCAUCACCAAACGUCCACCCAGUUGUUGCCAGCGCCCCACCCUCAUCAAUAAAUGUCUGCCCAGUUGUUGCCAAUGCCCCACCCUCAUCACCAAACGUCCACCCGGUUGUUGCCAGUGCCCCACCCUCAUCACCAAACGUCCACCCGGUUGUUGCCAGUGCCCCACCCUCAUCACCAAACGUCCACCCGGUUGUUGCCAGUGCCCCACCCUCAUCACCAAACGUCCACCCGGUUGUUGCCAGUGCCCCACCCUCAUCACCAAACGUCCACCCAGUUGUUGCCAGUGCCCCACCCUCAUCACCAAACGUCCCCCCAGCGCCUCCCUCCUCCACGCAGAGCUCUGCCCCCCUCCUCGCCGCUCCUCCUCAGAACGUCCAGGUGUUUGUGCCUUUACCUCCAAACCCCGCCUCCUCUUUGGCUCCGCCCACCGUCUUCACUGUCAUGGCGCCCGUGUCGACCCACCUCGGCCGACCCGCCUCUGCCCCGCUGCGGCGCCUCAGGCCGGCGCCCGCCCUUCAGCCCGGGACCUCCCCGUCUGCUGCCACUCAAAAUGUCCGCCCCGCCUCCCCCUCUCCGAAACAAAAUGUCUGCCUGUUCCGUGACUCCGCCUCCUCGCAGAAAGUUCACGUGGUCAAAGUUUAUCCUGCGUCUCCAGGACGACGGACUCAGAGCCAAUGGCGAGUCUCUGCGGCGGCGACGACGGCGACGCACGACGACAAGACGACGGACGACGACUCAGACACAGACCCACAGGCUCCGAGUCACUUCAACGCUCUGUCCGACCACGACUACACCUCACCGCCCAAUCACAGCGCUCCGUCUGCCGCCUCGUCCAAUCAGAGCCGAGCGCAGGACACAGGGGAUGAUGUGGAAGAGGAAGAGUCGUCUCCGGAGGGGAAGAGGAGGAGGAAACUGACGGUGAAGGCUCUGGCUCUGCGCCGCGACAAGGUUCAGAAACAGAAAAAACGUCUUUGCCCCGAGAAGAAACCGACGUCCAAACGAAGGAAAAAAACUCACGAGUCCCAGACGACCUCCUUACCUCCUACCUCCUUACCUCCUACACCCUUACCUCCUACCUCCUUACCUCCUACACCCUUACCUCCUACCUCUUUACCUCCUACACCCUUACCUCCUACCUCCUUACCUCCUACACCCUUACCUCCUACCUCUUUACCUCCUACACCCUUACCUCCUACCUCCUUACCUCCUACCUCCUUACCUCCUACACCCUUACCUCCUACCUCCUUACCUCCUACACCCUUACCUCCCACCUCCUUACCUCCUACACCCUUACCUCCUACCAUUGUUCUCUUGCCUCCUUUCCUUGCUUCCUUCGCUCCUCUUUCCUCAAACCCUCCUUUAAACCCUUCUCAUGUGUCCUUCCCUCGCCCCCUUGUUCCCUUGCUUCCUUCUAAUGCGUCCUUGCAUCCUUCCCUUGCUCCCUUGCGUCCUUCCCUUGCUGCCUCGUCUCCCAGCGUCCUCCUGACCGAGCUCUGUGAUUGGCUGGGAGCCGGGACACAUGACCUGAAGCUGGUGUCCCGUUGGCUGAGCGGCGAGGGGGGCGUGUCCGUGGAGGGCGGAGCCGCGACGCUGCCGUACCUGCCGCCGUUCGUGUGUAACCUGAGCGCUCUGAACACGCUGCUGCAGAAGAGGGCGGAGCUACGCAAGAACGCCGCCAAACUCCUCCCACAGACGCUGCCCCGGACCAGAGCCAAGACCGAGAACCGCCAAACCCGCGGCCAAUCACGGGCGGCGGUGGCAGCGGGGGCUGCGGACGGCGAGGGAGGAGGAGCCAAUCACAGCACAGACACGAAUAACAAACUGACCAAUCAGACGCCAGGAACAACUCACAAACUAGUGAAUCAGUCGGCCAAUCAGAGGCGGGAAACGGCACACGGAACGAGAGGAUCCACCAAUGAUGUCACAGGAACCGGUAGCAAACCGACCAAUCAGCAGCCAGGAAGCAGAAAACAGGCGGUCCAAAGAGCGGCCAAUCAGAAGGCAGGAUGUGGGUCAGAGCCGCUGUCCAAUCAGGAGCCAGCUCAGACGGAGGAGGCGGAGCUUACAGAGGCUGUCCGGCGAAUCGUGAGAGAGUGUUUAGGCUCAGACUCCGCCCACCAGCUGCUCAAGGCGCGCUUCCUGUCAAUCUUCACUCUGCCCGCCCUCCUGGCCUCACUGCAGCCAAUCACAGAGCAGUGGGACGCGGAGGAGCCAAUCACAGAGCAGCAGGAUGCAGAGGGGAGGGGCCCACAUGAAAGUUAAAAGAAGUAACAUCCUCCAGUUCUGGUUUAGUCCUGGUUUAGUCCUGGUUUAGUCCUGGUUCAGAUGGAGUUUUUGUUCAGUUAAAUUAACUUUGUGUAAACCUUUGUAUAAAAAAUUUUAUUUGUUCAAAUAAAAAUAUUUUCUUACUU